AUGGUGGCGCGGGAGGCCGGGGCCGGCGUGCCCGGGGCGGUGGAGCUGGGGCUGACGGCGGCGCACGCGGCGCUCUACGGCGGCCUCUUCGCCUUCGCCUACCUGCAGCUGUGGCUGCUCUUCUGCUCCGCCCGGGAGAAGCGGCUCAGCUACCGCUCCGUCUGCCUCUUCCUCUGCCUGGCCUGGGCGGCGCUGCGCACCGUCCUCUUCGCCUUCUUCCUGCAAGGCGCGCUGCAGGGCGGCCUGCCCCGCCGCCGCCUGCCGCCCUUCCCGCACUGGCUGCUCUUCUGCUGCCCGCUCUGCCUCCUCUUCGCCACCCUCUGCCUCCUCAACCUCUACUUCGCCGAGGUCAUCUUCAAAGUCAAGUGUGCCGCUGAAUUCAACAAAUACAAGGCUGCCUUGUACAUGGGCUCCGUCUUCACCAGUCUCUUCUUCAUGUUUGUGAACUUAACGUGUGCGUUAUUGGUCCACGACGAUGCCCCGGAAGCUCGGCUGAGAUGGGCAGUCUUCACCCGGGCCCUGAUCAACGACGGCCUCUUCAUCCUCUGUGCCGUCUCGCUGGCGUAUUGCAUGUGCAGGCUGUCCAAAAUGUCUUCAGCAAAUGUCUACCUCGAGUCCAAGGGUACAUCUGUCUGCCAAGCUCUCCUUGUGGGUUCUGUAGUUAUCCUCUUAUGCUCGUCGAGAGCCUUCUAUAACUUGGUGGCGGUGGUCAUCUCCCCAGACCAUGUGCCCAGUCCCUUCAACUAUGGCUGGGACAACCUUUCGGAUCAGGCACGAGGGGAGGAAGCCACUAGCGAGGAGUACGUGGUCUUUGGGGUAGUGCUUUUCCUCUGGGAGCUUGUUCCAACCAUGUUUGUGGUCCUGUUCUUCCGGGCACAGAGGCUGACGCAGAACUUGACGCCUGCUGGCAUGGUCAAUAGCCACAGUUUCAGCUCGCGGGCGUACUUCUUUGACAAUCCCAGGAGGUACGACAGCGACGACGAUUUGCCGAGGCUUGCAGGAGGAAGAGGCGAGGGAGGAAGUUUAGCUAUUCCCCAGAACUCCGCCUGGUAUGGUUCUCUGACAGGGAGCGAUAAUGGCAUCGUGGUCACUCCCUCGAGCGCUCCUACUGCGGAUGUGGCCCCCCUGCUCUUCGCUCACAGAGGCACAGAGUCGAGGAGUCCCCACAGCUUUCACCUGACACCCCAGAACUGAUGUCUGAGUACCUCUUGGCAGGGACUCCAGCAAGCAUGAAGAAUGCAACUCCCUGCCGGGCCCCACUAGUUUUGCAAUCUGGGACCAGAACUAGAGGGCUUUGUUCUUCGGGGUGUGUAGGCCAGUUGCUGCUGUGUGGUACUGAGAAGGAUGGAAACCAGUGUCGGCGCAGAAGUUUCUAGCCCUACAUGUUGGUGUGAAGCUCCCAGAGGAGGCUAGUUUGGCAGCUCACGGCAGCUUUGGAAGGACUUGCCUGGACAAAGAACAUGGCUGGACAUUUUGCACUUUUUAAGCGGAACUUUUUCAA